GCCGGGGACAGCAGUAUUCCGUGGAUCAGCUGCUGCAGUGGGCACACCUACUUACAGCAUAGGCGUUUUGGUCUUUUUCAGCUGAAGUCUUGCGGUGAGAAAUUCUCGGUGCUUCUCCUGCAUCCUGGUUUCUCCAUAGCACAAGGCUGGAGGCUGCUUUGACGGGGCUGGCGAGUCAGGAAUAAUAUGCUUGGAAGUACUUGGUGGUGUUGAUCACCUGUACCCCAGCUCCAGCUGAAUCCUUUUCAAACACUUCUCUCAGAACAUGGGGGAAAACGAUGUUGAAAAAUACAGUCAAGCUGGUCAGAUAUUUGAAAACUUUGUACAAGCAUCAACAUGCAAAGGUACUAUUCAGGCCUUUAAUAUUCUCACUCGUCAACUUGAAUUGGAUCCUUUGGACAAUAGAAACUUUUACACCAAACUGAAGUCAAGAGUGACCACGUGGAAGGCCAAAGCUUUGUGGAAUAAGCUUGAUAAAAGAGCAAGUCACAAAGAGUAUAAACGUGGAAAAUCUUGUAUGAACACUAAGUGUUUAAUUAUCGGAGGUGGCCCAUGUGGCUUGCGGACUGCCAUAGAACUUGCCUUCCUGGGAGCCAAAGUUGUCAUCGUGGAGAAGCGGGACGCUUUUUCAAGGAACAAUGUAUUGCAUCUCUGGCCGUUUACAAUCCAUGACCUUCGGGGUCUGGGAGCAAAGAAAUUUUAUGGAAAAUUCUGUGCAGGAUCUAUUGAUCACAUCAGUAUUCGACAACUUCAACUCAUCCUCUUCAAAGUUGCACUCAUACUAGGAGUUGAAAUCCAUGUGAAUCUAGAAUUCGUUAAAGUCCUGGAACCUCCCGAAGAUCAAGAAAACCAAAAGAUAGGUUGGAGAGCCGAAUUUCUGCCUGUGGAUCACCCUUUGUCAGAGUAUGAAUUUGAUGUUAUUAUUGGCGCGGAUGGCCGCAGGAACACAUUAGAAGGUUUCAGGAGGAAGGAGUUUCGUGGAAAGCUGGCCAUAGCUAUCACUGCCAAUUUUAUAAACAGAAAUACGACUGCAGAAGCCAAGGUAGAAGAAAUUAGUGGUGUUGCUUUCAUCUUCAAUCAGAAGUUCUUCCAGGACCUUAAAGAGGAAACGGGAAUUGACCUGGAGAAUAUUGUUUACUAUAAAGAUAACACUCAUUAUUUUGUGAUGACAGCAAAAAAGCAGAGUCUUCUGGACAAAGGAGUGAUUAUUAAUGACUAUAUUGAUACCGAGUUGCUCCUCUGUGGGGAAAAUGUGAACCAGAGCGAUUUGCUGUCCUAUGCCAGAGAAGCUGCUGACUUUGCAACCAAUUACCAGCUGCCUUCCUUGGAUUUUGCAAUCAAUCACUAUGGGCAACCAGAUGUAGCAAUGUUUGAUUUUACUUCCAUGUAUGCAUCUGAAAAUGCUGCACUAGUGAGAGAGAGGCACAGACAUCAGCUCCUGGUGGCGCUUGUCGGAGAUAGCUUGCUUGAGCCCUUCUGGCCAAUGGGUACUGGCUGUGCAAGAGGCUUCUUGGCUGCUUUUGACACGGCAUGGAUGGUGCGGAGCUGGGCUCAGGGAAAGCCCCCGUUAGAAAUCCUUGCUGAGCGAGAGAGCAUUUAUCGACUCUUGCCUCAGACCACCCCUGAAAAUAUUAACAAGAACUUUGACCAGUAUACCAUUGAUCCAGGAACAAGAUACCCGAACCUGAACUCAAGUUGUGUUCGACCUCACCAGGUGAGACAAUUAUAUGUUACCAAUGAGUUACAGCAGUGUCCUCUUGAAAGAGUAGGCUCCAUUAGAAGAUCAGUGAAUCUCUCAAGACAUGAGUCAGAGAGUCGACCUAACAAGCUUUUGACCUGGUGUCAGAAGCAGACGGAGGGGUACCGUAACGUUAACGUCACAGACCUGACGACCUCCUGGAAGAGUGGCCUUGCAUUGUGUGCCAUUAUCCAUCGCUUCAGACCUGACCUCAUUGACUUCGAUGCUCUGAAUGAAGAGGACGUUGUCAAAAACAACCAGCUGGCAUUCGAUGUUGCUGAGCAGGAGUUUGGGAUCCCCCCUGUGACCACGGGGAAGGAGGUGGGGUCGGCCAGGGAGCCCGACAAGCUCAGCAUGGUCAUGUACCUCUCCAAGUUUUAUGAACUGUUCAGGGGCACACCUCUGCGGGCAGUAGAUGCUGGUGACAAGCAAAAUGGAGAAAAUAAUGAUCUUUGUUCAGCAAAAUCAUCGAACUUCAUCUUUAAUAAUUAUAUGAAUUUAACUUUACCAAGAAAACGAGUACCAAAGGUUGAAGGGAAAACAGAAGAAAACGAGACUAACAAAAGACGUCGAAAAGGACUUUUUGGUGUCUUUGAGGAGGCUUCAGGCUUUUCAAGCCAAGGGACAAAUGCUGUGAAAGAACAGAGUGAUGGCAGAGAAGGAAUGAACCAGAAUAAAGUUAAAUCAAUGGCAACUCAGCUGCUGGCUAAGUUUGAAGAGAAUGCUCCAAAUACAGUUUUUCGCAGGCAGGAGGUAAUAGAUAGACCAGGCCUGCUCUCUUCUGACCCUCCUGUUAAUCCUCGCUUUGCUAAACCGAAGGAUCCCAGUCUUCUUCCACCUCAACCAAAGAGGCAGUUUCAGGUGGUAGCUAGAAGUGAACACGAGGUCAGGGAGCCCAAACAGUCUUUAAAUGGUUCUGAUCAUAUGGCCAGGAGAGCAAGGACUGUACUAAAACCAGAUACCCAGCCCAGUCUGUCAGAAACCUCUGAAAAUCUUGCGUCUGCCUGUUCUGCUGCAUUUGUACUCUCUGGAGUGCUUGAGCGUCUUCAGCACCUGGAGGAAAAAAUGAAACAGAAAAGAGCUCAGACCAUAGCAAAUAGGGAAUUCCAAAAAAAGAACAUUAAAGAGAAAGCAGAACAUCUUGCCUCAAUGUUUGGCUACAUGGAGUUUCCAAAGAGUAAGCUUCCUACUAAAGGCUUGUCCCAUUCUCAGCCCCCAACUCCCUCUUGCCCUCCACCUCAUGAUUCAGCUGCUGCCUCUUCUCCAUCAUCUGUCAGUUCAGCUUCCCCUGCUGUUCCUUCUAGACAGAUGACUGUAGGAAAGGUCUCACGUGCGGUUGGAGCUGUGGCUGAAGUCCUUGUCAAUCUGUACGUGAAUGAUCACAGACCCAAGCCACAGCCUCCCCCCCUUGAACUGGGAUCUCUGCGAAAAGAAUUUCCUCAGUCUAUCGGGGGGAGUGACAUUUGUUAUUUCUGCAAAAAACGGGUGUAUGUUAUGGAGCGGCUGAGUGCAGAAGGCCACUUCUUUCACAGGGAGUGCUUCAAGUGUGAAAUAUGUUCUACUACACUCCGUUUAGGGAUUUAUGCCUUCGAUGUUGAUGAAGGUAAAUUUUACUGCAAACCUCAUUUUACACACUGCAAAAUCAGCACGAAACACAGGAAGAGAAGAGGAACAUUACAGAUCCAAGGGAAGGAGGCAACAGAAGCGUGGAAGAAAGAGGAACCCAAACGCACAGAGACCAGCACAGAAAGCACUUUGUCUACUGGUAGCAGUCCAGAGGACAGGUCCCCAGACCACUGCCUGCCUGCGGCCGACGAGCCCAUCUCCCCGAAGAAGGCGAAGGGCAUCCCUGAGUGCCACAACAUGGAGAGCUGGUUCUCACCCCCUUCCCCCGAGUGGGCCACCGUGAGGGUCAUCCCCGAGGAGGAGAUGACCGAGCACAACCUUCUCGCUGUCCGAGUCAUGGUCACCAGUGAUGCAAGCAGCUCUGAGCUGGAGUUUGAUUUUAAUGGCAACUCAUCAAACUCUGAGGUGAGCGAAGGACAGACCUCGCUGGUGGAGCCCCCCGCCUGCCCCAGCCCCGUCCGGAGGUGGCCAUCACUUGCUGGGAGCCCUGUGGCGCCGGAGGAAAGUCCCAAAACAUACAAAGUUGCCGAUGCGCUACAGAGAGCCAAUACUUUUCACUCCACGGCGUUAAAUAAGUAUCAGAGUUGGAGAAGAAAACUCCAAGCAAGCUUCCCUCUGCUGUCCGGCAAGAAACCCGGGUUACACUGGAAGGAGAGCUCAGCCAGCUGUCAGAGUGGUCCUGGAGAGGAUCAGUCCCAAACACAGUUGGCUUCUUACAAGAAUUCACCUGAAGUUACAAGAGGACAUUCCAAACCCUACAGCCCAGUGUUUCAAAGAAAAGAAAGAGUCAGAGAGAUGCCUGAAGACUUGCGUCUCUAUGUACCCCAUUGUCCUUUGCAGAGCAGCACCAGAGCUUUUUCACGGACCCCUCCUGGGAAUGGGACAGUGGCUGCUGAUUUUUCUGACCCUGAAGAUACAGAUAGUGACACUGGGACAUACACAGCCCAGGGCUGGAAGGAAAAAACCCAGAAAUAUACCUCUGAACAAGAAGUUUUUAACAAGAAGACAAAAGUGCUGCCAUCUCUGGAUUUGAAAGAGAAAGAAGGCAGAAAUACAAGGCAGCCCGAAGAAAAGCCUGAGCGAGAAUCAAAGGAGGCAAAAAAAAGACUGUUUCUUUGUACUCAACAGCGACCCUUGUCACACAAUUCAAACGGGAAGGACUUAGGUGGAACCAGUCCAGGGUAUCAAGACAAAGGAGCACUGUGGACUUCAGAGAAGGUUGCUGAUGGGACAAAAGAUGUGUUUGAAGUAUCUGAUUGUCCUGUGCCUCUCUUAUUUGCAGAUGAUGCUCCACCAACUUUACCAGUUGACAGAAAAGAUGCUUUAAGGAGUCUAGAUGCAGCUGCCAGGGAGCACACAGCUGGCCAGCCAAAAUCACCACUGAGGCUCAUAGCCAGUGCUAUCAAAAGGUCCAUUUGGGAGCCUCUAAUUUCAUCUCCAGAAGGACUAAAGCAGGACUCAGACAGCAAAGGCAAAGCCCCUUCAGAAAAAGCUUUCUUCAGCUUCUCCAGUACUCCUGGCUAUUCCCUAAGCCAAAGGAAUGGCAACAAUAAUACAGCCAAUAACGCUGAGCCACAGGAGCUUCAAGCAGGGGAGUGGGCAGGAGAGUAUUUAGGACAUGGGAGCCCUGUCUCAAACCCAAACAAUUCUUCUGUCAGCUCUGAAGAGAGAUCUCUAAGGGAUUACAGUGAAGACGUAUCCUUCCCAGUCUACAGUCCUCACACCAGGCUUUCCAAAUCAACCAGUACACCUCAGAAAUCAUCUUGUGCUAGGAUGGAGGAUGUCCCAGGACUCCUAGAAAAGUUUACCUUCAGAGAGACUCCUCCAGAGGCUCCCAUGGAUGAUGUGUUUAUCUGUAAUGAAAAGUACCCCCUUCUUUCAUCAUCGGAGCCCAAGAACACCUCCAAUGACAGUCUGGAUGACUCUGCACAGAAUGGUAGUCUCGGGUCACUCUUUGAUAGACUGAGAAGUAAAGCUCAUGACAGAGAAGGGAAUUCCUUUGUGUCAUCUCUGCCUUUCAUGGAGGACCGUUCUCCAGAAGACAGGCUAUGUUAUCUUUCCACAGGAUGUGAACACCUACCUGUAAGAAAACAAGCUACUGAGUAUUCUACUUCUUCCUCUGAUGAUGAAUUUGAAUCCAAGCCUUUAUUAACACACAAGGCAAAAAAGGCUCUUAGAAGGAGGAGGAAGCUGGAAAAGGAGACAAAGCAAUUGAUUAAACAAGAGGAGCUGAAGAGGCUUCACAAAGCACAGGCGGUCCAGCGCCAGCUAGAAGAACUGGAGGAAAGACAAAGAGCUCUGGAGAUUUUUGGUGUCAAACUGGAGAGACAACUAAGAGGAGAAUCAGAUUCAGGCACAAAGGAUGAAUCUCAGAUGCUACAUGAAUGGUUUGAGCUGGUCCUGGAGAAGAAUAAAUUAAUGCGUUAUGAGUCUGAGCUUCUGAUUAUAGCCCAAGAGUUAGAACUGGAGGACCACCAAAGCAGGUUGGAACAAAAGCUGAGAGAGAAAAUGGCCAUUGAUGAUAACCUUAAAGAUGAGAUGGAUCUGAAUGAGGAGGAUGAAAUUUUUACUGAGAUGAUGAAAGUGGUUGAAGAAAGGGACAAACUCGUGUCUACCUUAGAGGAGCAGAGAGUGAAAGAAAAAGCAGAAGACCAGCACUUUGAAAGCAUUGUAUUAUCCAGAGGCUAUCAGCUGAGCAGGAUUUAAACAGCCACAUGCAAAUAAACAUGAUUUCAGCAAUAUUUGUAAUCAUGGAGGUACAGUCUUCUGAAAAUGAAGGAAUUCAUAUUUAAUAUCAGUUUAUUUGGGAAACCUGUCAUUUUGUUAUCAAAAGCUCUUCAGCAGUUCUUUUGCUCAUACUGGAGUGAGUCAUUUCACUAUCACUUAAAGGAUCACCAAACAGAGAAUAGGACUGAAUUUAACUUGUCUGAUGGGCAUCAGGGUCUGUGAAAGGGGAAAUCAGAGCUCUGUUGUUUUCUUGGAAUUUUAUUUUAAUGCUGAGAAUAGAGUUCCUGAGAAACACGAUGACAUCAUUUAGUAUUUUUGAGAUUGCAUUGCUUCCAUCUGUCUGAAUCUGUAUGUGUUUUUUGUUAAUAUUUUGGUACAGCCAACCCAUGUUGAGCUACUUAAAGGUCAGAAAGCAAGCAUCUCAUAAAAACAAGGUUAGUUUUUAUUUCUGGUGGAGGAAGGGUUGUUUGACCGAUAACUACAUAGAAGCACUCAUUAAAACUGCUGUAAAUGCAAUGUCAGAAAUUAAUUUUCCAGGUAUUUGUAAGUUUUAGUGCACUGUAUUUUUGAUCAAGAAGUUAAAGCAAUAUUAAAUCCCUACAUUUUGUAAAAUGGUAAGGGAUUAUCAAAGGAGUGACUACCCUCAAGACUGUUACACGCUCAAAAAAGCUUUUGUAUGUCACAGAUUAAGGUCUUCUCUAAAAUAUGCUAAAUGAUAAUUUAAAAAUAGUAAUCCAGACUAACAUCACAAAUAGUAUCAUAGCAUGUGAUGAGUGGUGUAGCAGUUAAAGAUCUCCCUGAGAAUAAUUUCUCAAAAGGAUUCCAAAAUAAAUGGUGAGUUUGCAAUAUCAACUUUUGAUAGAAAAAGUCGUAGGUAUAUUUAAAGAAGGUUUAUCCUGCUGCUCAAGAACAUGUUUGCAUAUUUUUUGAUUAAAGGAACUAUCUCUUUUUUGUACAUGCAUUUGUAGAUACUGGCAAAGCGGAUGUGCAGAAAUUCUCCUUGGUAUUUAGUGUAAUAUAAGUAUUUUCUUAAAUCUGAGAUAAUCCUGCAAUUUAAGAUUGGUAGCAUCCCCAACUGUAUGUUUGAUGCACUACAUUUUCAAACUGAAAAAACAUGGAGAAACUGAAAGACUGUUUCUUUUCGGAUAUCAUUUUACCUCCUGCUCUGAGAAGAUUUGAUGUUCUCAUUAUUUCCUGACUGGUGCUAAUUUGCAGCGGUUGCCUAUGGUACAGCCAAAGCUUGAAGCAUUCCUCUUACAAAAGUUUUAAACUAAGAACCUCUUGGUAAGUACUUGUAGGGUAACAGACACACUGGAUCCUGUCACAGUAAUUUAUGAAUGAUCUUAAGUUUUUGCUGUAUUGUAAGAAAUUCAAAAUACCCUUUCUAAAGAUAAAAGCAAGAUUUUACUGUUGACCACAGAAAAAUAAUAUACCUCUCUUGGUGCAAGGAAUAUACUAUUGUUCUGCAAUAUUUAUGUAUUUAUAUUUAUUUAUUAGACUGUUUAAAGAAGGUAAGAGUGUCUGGUUACAUUUUACAGUUUGGAUGUUGUCUCUGAUUUUGAUUGAUGAAUGUGUAUUUCUGACAGCAAUGAAUAGGUGAAGCUGUGCAUAGUAGAUAGCUUUAUCAACCUGGUAAAUAAUUAGUAAUAAAAUAUGAAUUAAGAUUUUUAAACAACAGUUUCAGUUACCGUAACUUGAAGGGAUACCUUUGAAACAUAGCAUAUAGGGCUUUAACAAUAUUAAUUUCUCUUUCAUUGCAGUGAAAAGGCAUAGCAGAAUCCUUAAAUAUCUUCCAAAUUACCAUCAGACAUAUUUUUUUUCCUGUCAUUCCUAGGCUAAGCAUACCUGAUCUUCAGAUUACGUUUUUAUUGAGGUGGAUAGCAGCGAUUGAUUUUUUUUAAAAAGUAAGUCUGUUACUUAAGAUCCUCACAAAGUAGGAGCAGGCAGGGCAGCAAUAAAUAUUUUAAUUUUCUCUGUUGAUAUCUGCUGGUAUUUCCAGUUUUGUGGAGAAAAUUUCUGGAUUUUAUCACUGUUUGCAGAAGCCUCAUGUAAUCCCAUAGAACAAGACGGUCUAGAACAUAUCUAUCACAGUUUUCUGUAAAAAAAAAAAAAAAAAAAAAAAAAUGCUUUCAGAGUAUUUAUUAAAUGUUUUAAAGCAGAAUUCUUAGUGCUUUGCACAGAAGAGAAUUAGCAGACACCUCCAGUUAUAUCGGUCAAAGAUUGGUUUGUUCACCUCACUUUUACAAUCUGAAAAGUCCUUAGUGUUGCUGCUGUGCAAAGAGGAAGAGGACGGGCACAUUCAGAGAAAUAUGCUGCCCCUAGUCCUGAGGAGGAGAUUGCUCUCCUCUCCCGAAGUGCAGCCUGCUUCCCCAGGGGAGAUGCCUGCACUGCAGUCAGUCGGGUUCAGGUCGCUGAACUGUAUAUUAGCCCUGAGAUUUCAGUUUACAGCAGAUACCUGUCGGGCUACAAAACUAAAUGCAAAAGGGUGUUUUCCUUUUAGCUCCAAAGAUUUGAGUUCUUGAGACUAUUACAGUCAACAGAAGGUGAGGCCAUCAGCAUCUUACGGACCUCAGAAAUAUUCUUUGCUAAAAAGAUACUUUUCUGGAUGCCAUGUGGUCUUAACACACGCUUCACCCAAAACUCCGUCUGCGCUUGGGAGGGAGAACCUGUCAGGCCACUGUUACCCUGCCUGAUAUUAAGUACCUCACAAGAUUAGAGCCAAAAAUGCACUGGGCAAGUGAUUUAGAAAAACAAUAAACUCUUAAGUCAUUUAAAGCAGCUCUUCAGAUAUCAUAAGAGUAGAGAAGGAGGGAAAAAAAAGGAGAAGCUAUGUGCACUGUUCACAGGUCAAUUUAAUGUGAUUGGCUUGUAUUAGACAUGUAUUUAAACACUGGUUUGGUUACAAGUCUUGCUGCUGAAUCUUUUCUGUAAAAUGACUCACUAACAUCAUAGAUUUGUUAAUUUUUAAGUCCUUGGCACUGUCAUUGUUGGGUAUAAUGGGAUGUGCUGGAACGUAUUGACUAUGUGUAAAUGGGCUGGAUGUGAGCAAUUUUGUAUUUGAAAAAAUAAAAUUAUA